AUGUGGGCGGCUUACCGGGAGCAGCCGCGCCGCGCCGAGCCCCGCCGCCGUCACAUGCAACCAAACACACCACUCCGUUAUAGCGGCGGCACGACGGCGAACGGGCCUCGCGCCAAUAAUGCAUAUUUUUCCUCGGGCACGGGUUGCAUUGCGUACGCAGUUGUCGGGCGCACUCCCCCACCUCGAUUCCAGAAGCGAAUCUCCACCCCCGCGGAAACCGACCGCCCUGAGCGCUACGACAACUCGCCAGUACCUAAUCCCACCCGUUUACACACAUCG